GCGGCGGAGGCGGGCUCCGAGCUUGGCGCCGCGUCCUCUGCGGUCCCUGCUGCGGCGUGGUGGGCGGCAUGUCUGCGCCGGGAGGGAAGGCGUGUGGGGACACGGGGCAAGAGGCCGGCACUGCUGCGGCCGGUUCUUUCAGCUUCAGCCCGGAGCCCACGCUCGAGGACAUCCGCCGCCUCCAUGCUGAAUUUGCUGCGGAACGAGACUGGGAACAGUUCCACCAGCCUCGGAACCUUCUCCUGGCCCUGGUGGGGGAAGUGGGGGAGCUGGCAGAACUUUUUCAGUGGAAGCCUGAUGAGGAGCCGGGCCCCCAAGCUUGGCCUCCCCGGGAUCGGGCAGCCCUUCAAGAGGAACUUAGUGACGUUCUCAUUUACCUGGUGGCACUAGCAGCCCGCUGCCGUGUGGAUCUGCCCCAGGCAGUGCUCGCCAAGAUGGACAUCAACCGGCGCCGCUACCCAGCGCAUCUGUCCCGAGGCUCCGCCCGCAAGUACACGGACUUGCCCCUUGGGGCCACCUCUGAAGACCAGACCGUGGGGCCUGCACAGCAGGCGUCAACCUAGAAAAUGGGCACGGACUCUCUGAUUAAACGUGGCACCCAAGGAGCAGAGGGUACCUGGCCAUGGAACUUCCUUCUAGUCC